AGCAGUACACAAGUCAUUUUACAGAUAUCUUACAGUCAGAUUGGUUGUUCACUUAAUAUUCGGACAUGAAACUGACAAUAUCUUUCGCUGUUUUAUGCUUAGCAUAUACAAUAUCAACUUUCAAAGGUCCUGACGUUGCAGAUGCCAAGCCUCUUGUGCCUAAGUCACAACGUUCAUCCACUGACAUGAAGCGAUCAGAAGGUUCAUCAGAAAGUUCAUCAGAAGAUAGCAGUGGUUUUGACAGGUGUAGUACAGACCCGUGCAUGAAUAUGGGCACUUGUUUUGAUGGGACAGACAAUUAUAGAUGUAUCUGUACUGAUGGCUUUAAAGGCCAAAAUUGUGAAGAAUUCGACAGUUGUAGCACAGACCCGUGCCAGAAUAACGGCACUUGUAUUGAUGGGGCAGACAAUUACACAUGUAUCUGUGCUGAUGGCUUUAAAGGCCCAAGUUGUGAAGAUUCAGAACCAUGUCAGCCGGGAUUGGUCUUCAUAUUGGACAGUUGUUAUUACUUUAGCCAAACAGAUGCAACUUGGUACGAUGCUCGUGAGGCUUGCAUAGGCUUAGGUGGAUAUCUUGUAGCGAUGGAGACUGAUGACGAAUACUUAAGUUUGACUAAGUAUGGUAAGGGACACAUUUUAAUUUUAUUAUUUUGCUCCCUGCAGGGGAAGCAUAUAGUUGCCGCUUCGUCCAUAUGUCUGCCCAGCAUUUUUUUUCCAGAAUAUCCCUCAACAAGCACAGGUUGGAAUUUAGCAAAACUUAAUAUGAAGUGUAAUUAUUAA